AUGAUAGAGCAGUUUACACGAGGGAGAGAUGCAAUUGUGACUGAAUUUGCAGAGUACGGGUCACUGAGCAAGAUCUGGGGAAAGAACCCAAUGAACUACCAACUGAAAGUGAAAGUGCUUGAUGACAUGGUUGUUGCACUGAACUAUCUGCACCAAAACAGUAUCUUGCACAGAGAUGUCAAAGGCGAGAAUCUCCUUGUCUUCUCACUCAACCCACAUUCCCCAGUCUGCGCAAAACUGACAGACUUUGGGACGUGCAGAAACAUCUCCGAACGAAACUUGCAAUCAAAAGCACUGUCGCAAGGCAUUGGAACACCAACAUACAUGGCACCAGAGUGUCUCCAGAACUCAUCCGAAUACAGCUAUCCAGUCGACGUGUACGCAUUUGGCAUUGUCUUGUACGAAACUUACAUCGAAAAGAACGCAUACGAAAACGAUGAGCGAUUCAACCAGCCGUGGAUGAUCCCACAAUUUGUCAUCGAAGGAAACAGACUCGACAAACCAACGGGCAUCCCAGAAAACUACUGGGACCUCACUACUAAGUGCUGGAAACAAAACCCAGAAGAACGUCCAACAUUUGCAGACAUCCUCGCAACCAUCGAGUCGUGGGGCGAGGACAUCAGAUACGCUCUGUCUGUCGAGGGGGAAAAGAAAGUUUUACCAGGAGAACAACCAGGGGUCACUGCUAACACACCUUCUGCUCCUUCAAUGCCAUCUACAUCUUCUUCGAUACCUCAAGAACCAAAUGUUGAACCUCAAGCUGAUAAGAAAGAUAAUUCAGAGUCUUCUGAUUCUGAUACAGAGUAA